UAAACAUGGAUUCAAACGACGUUGACGACAAGGACAGCGGUCCUGAAGUUCAAUUGAACUUCCCGGCCUCUGUGAUGAGUAGAAUCGAAGAGUUAAUGGGAGGCACUGAACAGUUCGAUAGUGAUGAAUUUGAUGCAGUGUCCUACAUAAACAGAGUGUUCCCAACGGAGCAAUCUCUAUCGGGAGUAGAGACGGCGGCGGCGCGAUGCGAGUUCCGACUCGCGGCUGUGCAACAUGACAUACGGCGGCUGGUGCGAGCGCAGCACGACCAGAGGAUAGCUGGCCAUGAGGCGCUGCUGGAGGCGCAGAAGUGUAUCUCUGAAUUGGCUUUACAAGUAACAGACAUAAACAAGAAAGCAGAACGCAGCGAGAGCAUGGUCCGCAAGAUAACCUCCGAGAUCAAGCAGCUGGACUGUGCCAAGUGGAACCUCACGGCGGCCAUCACAGCGCUCAACCACCUGCACAUGCUGGCGGGGGGAGCUGCCUCACUGCGGGCGCUGGCUACCAGCAGACAGUAUAAAGAGCUGGUGUUGCCCCUGCAGGCUAUCAUGGAGGUGUUGGAGCACCUGGAGUGCUACCGCGAGAUCCGCGAGCUGAACGCGCUGCGCGAGGAGGUGCACGCCAUACGGGCCGACCUCGCCGCGCAGAUACUGCAGGACUUCAAGCAGGCCUUCACCGGCGCGGCUGCAGGCGCGGUGUCGGCGCGCACGCUGGGCGACGCGUGCGGCGCGCUGGACGCGCUGCAGCCGCGCGCGCGCACCGACCUGCUCGCCUGGCUCGUGCGGCUGCAGCUGCAGGAGUACGAGCACCUGUUCUCCGCGGAACAGGAGCAAGCGUGGUUAUCGCACGUGUCGCGUCGCUACGCGUGGCUCAAGAAGCACUUGCUGUCGUUUGAGCAGACGCUCGCCAACGUGUUCCCGGCGCAUUGGAGGCUCAGUGAGAGGAUCGCCUAUCAGUUUUGUAAGGUGACCCGCGACAGUCUGACGUCACUGAUGGCUGCUCGACGCAGCGAGCUGGACUGCAAGCUGCUGCUGUACGCCAUACAGCAGACGCACAACUUCGAGCUGCUGCUGCACAAGCGCUUCAUCGGUACAGAACCAAACACGGAAACUCUGGAAGCGAGUGGUGGUGUUAAAGAAAUAUCGUUUGAUGAUGAAAACGAGACACCAGAACAAACAGAAGGACAAAACACAAACAGUUCUCCGUGGCUUGGAUUAAUCGGCAGUUGCUUCGAGCCGCACUUGUCUCUCUACAUACAGAGUCUCGACACUAACCUGCGGUCACUCAUGGAUAGGUUUAUACAGGAAGCAAAAACGAUGGAACUGAGCGAAGUAUCGGAGACGGGUAGCGGAGCGGGCGGAGUGCUCGCGAGUUGCGCUGAUCUGUUCCUGUUCUAUAAGAAGUGCUUAGCGCAGUGUGCGAGACUGUCCACUGGGGAGCCUAUGAUUGAGCUCGCGGGCGUGUUCCAGAAGUACCUGCGUGAAUACGCCCGCAAUGUGCUGCACAGUUGUGUGCCGCACGCACACACGCACGCGCACGCACACACGCUCACCGUGCCCGCGCUCGUCACCAACCUGCACACGUUCCUGAACGACGCGACCCACAGGUACACAAAACAGGAGAUCGCCAAAAUUACAAGCGUGAUAACAACAUCGGAGUACUGUCUCGAAACAACUGUACAUUUGGAGGAGAAACUCAAAGAGAAAGUUUCCCCCGCACUUGCCAAUAAAAUAGAUCUCGGCCCAGAACAAGAUCUGUUCCACAAGAUGAUCAGCACGUGUAUCCAGCUUCUGGUCCAAGAUCUAGAGCUGGCCUGCGAUCCCGCACUACAAGCUAUGACCAAAAUAUCCUGGCUUCACUUCGACACCGUUGGAGAUCAAAGCUCGUACAUUACACAAAUAAUCAUGCACCUAAAAAACACAGUCCCAGUAUUACGAGACAAUUUGGCGUCCUCGAGAAAGUAUUUCACGCAAUUCUGUAUAAGAUUCGCAAAUUCCUUCAUCCCCAAAUUUAUUCAGAAUAUCUAUAAGUGUAAGCCGAUUUCGACGGUUGGUUCGGAACAGUUGUUGUUAGACACGCAUAUGUUGAAAACUGCGUUGUUAGAACUGCCGUCUAUUGGCUCGGAAGUGAAGAGACAAGCGCCGACCACGUACACAAAAGUUGUUAUAAAACUGAUGACGAAAGCUGAAAUGAUUUUAAAACUGGUAAUGGCGCCUCUAGAUAAUAAUUUGGAAGGCUUUGUGGGACAGUUUCUACAAUUAUUACCGGAGAGUACGAUCGCAGAAUUUCACAAAGUUCUGGAUAUGAAGGGAGCGAAAUUAUCUAAAACGCAACUAAGUGCGUUGGACGCACUGUUUAAAGAAACCUCGAAAUCGAAUAAUGAGAUUAGUAAAUAGUUCUUUAAAAGCAAAAAGACUUAUUUAUGUGUAUUGUAAUAUUGUUGUAUUAAUUAUGAAAUAAAUCAGUUUAUUAUAUUA